GCGGCGGCGCCCAACCCUCCCCACAGUGUCUGGCGAACUCCCACCACGUGGAGGGGCGCUUGGCGCCGAGAGGAGCGCCGCCCCGAGCCGCCCCGUCACGUCACGUCACGUCACGCUCACGCGGCGCCGCGACCCGCGCACAACGAUAUUUGGAUUUGAACUGCAUUUUAGAAUUCAUCUUUACUUACAAUGCCGCCAUCAAACGGAGGUCCAGUUGGAUACACGCCCCCAGAUGGAGGCUGGGGGUGGGCUGUGGUUGUUGGAGCUUUCAUUUCCAUUGGCUUCUCUUGUGCAUUUGGCAAAUCUAUUACUGUAUUUUACAAAGAAAUUGAAGAAAUAUUUAAAGCCAGCACCAGCGAAGUGUCAUGGUUAUCUUCCAUCGCGUUUGCUGUCAUGUAUGGUGGAGGUCCUAUCAGCAGUAUCCUGGUGAAUAAAUAUGGCAGUCGUCCAGUUAUGAUUGUUGGCGGCUGCUUGUCAGGCUGUGGCUUGAUUGCGGCUUCUUUCUGUACCACUGUGCAGGAACUUUACUUGUGUGUCGGAGUCAUUGCAGGUCUUGGGCUUGCCUUCAACUUGAAUCCAGCUCUGACCAUGAUUGGCAAGUAUUUCUACAAGAGGCGACCAUUAGCAAAUGGACUAGCCAUGGCAGGCAGCCCUGUGUUCCUCUCCGCCCUGGCCCCCCUCAACCAGGCUCUUUUUGCUGUCUUUGGCUGGAGAGGAAGCUUCCUAAUUCUUGGAGGCAUCCUACUAAACUGCUGUGUGGCUGGAGCCCUGAUGAGACCAAUAGGGCCCAAGCCAACAACUGCAGGGAAAGAGAAGUCUAAAGAAUCCCUUCAGGAAGCUGGAAAAUAUGAUGCAAACAAGGGGGCAGGUGAUGCAAAUACAGAAGUUAAUGGCAGAAACCCCCCAAAGGAGAAACAAUCCGUUUUUCAAACAGUUAACAAACUUCUAGACUUAUCCCUAUUCAAACACAGAGGCUUUCUGCUGUACCUCUCUGGGAAUGUGAUAAUGUCUUUUGCGCUGGCUACACCUUUAGUCUUUCUUAGUAAUUAUGCCAAGAGUCAACAUCACUCUAGUGAGAAGGCUGCCUUCCUUCUUUCCAUUCUGGCUUUUGUUGACAUGGUAGCCAGACCUUCUAUGGGAUUUGUAGCCAACACAAAGUGGAUAAGACCUCGAAUUCAGUAUUUUUUUGCUGCUUCUAUUAUUGCAAAUGGAGUGUGUCAUACGCUAGUACCCUUAUCCUCUAGCUAUAUAGGGUUCUGUCUUUAUGCGGGAUUCCUUGGAUUUGCUUUUGGGUGGUUUGGCGCCAUAUUGUUUGAAACGCUGAUGGACCUCGUUGGAUCCCAGAGGUUCUCCAGUGCUGUGGGAUUGGUGACCAUUGUGGAAUGCUGUCCUAUUCUCCUGGGGCCACCGAUUUUAGGUCGUCUCAGUGACAUAUACGGAGACUACAAAUAUACAUACUGGGCAUGUGGCAUAAUCCUUAUUGUCGCAGGCAUCUAUCUCUGCAUUGGCAUGGGCAUCCAUUAUCAACUUGAGGCAAAAGAACAGAAGGCAGAGGCGAAGCAGAAAAAGGAAAGUAAAGAGAUGGAACCAAAAGAAGUUAUUAAAGCUGCGGAAUCUCCGGAACUGAAAGGCACAGAAGGAGAACCCAAAGAGGAGAAACUUUCAGGCUGAAGUCAGGGAUAAACAGAAGCUUUGGACCAAAGAUACUGAAAAAUUCUACUGAAUCGUGUUCUACUCUUGGUGCUCACAGUGGACAGUGGACAUUUGUGUGGAAGUCAUACCAGGUGUUCAUUGAUAGAAUUUUUAUUUCCUUCCUUUACAACAGUCACAAUAGAUAUGUCACGUCCUUUAGGGGCAGGGGAUUUGCAAAAGGUGACAGAAGGAAAUAGCUUUUAUUUGAAGUCAUAUUUAUUAAGGUAUACCUUAAAUACUGUACAAAUCCCUUUUAUAAGAGUAAAGUUUAAUGAAUU